AUGGCACGAUGUAUAGAUGCAUUCCGAAGCCAGCUUGUCCGGAUGAGGAACGUGGCUACCUCCCGUCGGGACGACGCCGUUCAGGAGGGUCAACCCAUUCCUUCUCGUACCCGCACGAGACCUAAGGUGCGGAGGGAUCCGGCGAGGUCUAGCUCGAGACGCCGCCGCACUACUUCGGGAGGUAGGGGUGGACGUUCUGAGGCUGCUCGGGUAGAGGGCCCAGCCUCUGAGGGUGCACAUGCUGCGCCAGUAGGCCAGGGAGAGGCUACCUCGGCUCUUAGAGGUGGUGGGAUGUACGAGGUUGGCUCGUCAUCGCAGCAGCCUCCACAGCCUCAGCCUCAGGUUGAUCUCGGGUGGACGGGUCCUACGUUGAGCUUUCCUCCUCCCGCGGAGACUAGAGUUGAUGCUGGAGCUGGAGCCGGAGCUGGUGGAGAGGUUACUCCUCGUACUGCGGAGUUUUAUGCGAUGAUGGGUUUACAUCCCCCGACGCCGUAGUUUGUUCCUGUGCUUUUUAUUUAUUUAUUUGACUUUGUAUAGAACUUUGCCUUUUAGUUAGACUCAUUUUAGACAUAUUUUGUAUGUACAU